AGACUGUGUACACGUAUUAUAAGCUGCAUGGGCUGGACCAGAGAGUCAAUGGGAACUCGCUAGCUAACCCAACGGUGGCUAGCUUUUCUAGUGGAAAACCUAGCUAUGCUAACUUGGGAAAAUAUAGCUAAUGUAUUCCGAUAAAGUGUUAGAAAGCCGGUAUUUUUCUUAUAAAAGUGGGACUCUAAGUUUGUGCAUGGGAAGCAGACGACACUUGGUGCGGCUGGUGAAAAACAUUUCAAGGUGGCGACAGACAAGGUUGCUGGUAAGCUGAGUUCUACUCUCUCAUGGGUGAAGAACUCGGUGUCCCACACGGUCAGUCAGAUGGCUAGCCAGGUGGCCACGCCCACGUCCCUGCAGACCACUGCCACUUCCUCCUCCACCUCUCUGUCCUCGCCAGGCCUUUCCCCCACCUCACCCGCGCUGCUCACUCCUGAUGAUGUGGAGCUGCUUGCCAAGCUGGACGAACAGAACAGGCUGCUGGAGACCGACAGCAAGUCUCUGCGCUCCAUGAACGGCUCCAGGAGGAACAGCGGCUCCUCGCUGGUGUCCAGCUCCUCCGCCUCAUCCAACCUCUCCCACCUGGAGGAGGAUACGUGGAUCCUGUGGGGACGAAUCGUCAACGAGUGGGAGGAUGUGCGCAAGAAGAAAGAGAAGCAGCUUAAGGAUCUUGUCAGAAAAGGGAUUCCUCACCACUUCCGGGCAAUAGUGUGGCAGUUGUUGUGCACAGCCCAGAAUAUGCCCAUCAAGGAUCAAUACUCGGAACUCCUGAAGAUGACGUCGCCCUGCGAGAAGCUGAUUCGCAGAGACAUCGCACGCACUUACCCCGAACACGAAUUCUUCAAAGAGAAAGACAGCUUGGGUCAGGAAGUGCUCUUCAACGUCAUGAAGGCAUAUUCUCUGGUUGACCGUGAGGUUGGCUAUUGUCAAGGGAGUGCAUUCAUUGUAGGACUGCUACUCAUGCAGAUGCCAGAAGAGGAGGCGUUCUGCGUGUUUGUGAAGUUGAUGCAAGACUACAGAUUACGAGAGCUCUUCAAGCCCAGCAUGGCAGAGCUGGGUCUCUGCAUGUACCAGUUUGAGUCCAUGAUCCAGGAACAACUCCCGGAGCUGCAUAUACAUUUCCAGGCUCAGAGUUUCCACACCUCCAUGUACGCCUCCUCCUGGUUCCUCACCAUCUUCCUCACCUCCUUCCCUCUGCCCGUUGCCACCAGGAUCUUUGACAUCUUCAUGUGUGAGGGUCUGGAGAUAGUUUUCCGUGUGGGACUGGCCAUCCUUCAGAUGAACCAGACUGAACUCAUCCAGCUGGACAUGGAGGGAAUGUUACAGCACUUUCAGAGGGUCAUCCCACACCAGCUCGACAGCGGGCCAGAUAAGGUCAUCCUGGCUGCCUAUCAGGUUAAAUACAACGCCAAGAAGAUGAAAAAGUUGGAGAAAGAAUACACUACAAUCAAAACUAAAGAGAUGGAGGAGCAGGUGGAGAUAAAGAGGUUGCGCACAGAGAACCGGCUCCUGAAGCAGCGGAUAGACACACUAGAGAAAGAAAGUGCUUCCUUGGCAGAUAGAUUGAUCCAGGGACAAGUGACCCGGGCUCAGGAGGCAGAGGAGAACUACCUGGUGAAGCGGGAGCUGGCCACGGUCAAACAGCAGAGCGAGGAGGCCUUAGCUCAGCUGGAGCAGGCCAAGGCGACCAUCGCGCAGCAGCAGCAGCCACAAGCGAAGCGAGCCCCGCGGUACUCUGAGGAGUCCGUCCUGCAGCUGGAGAGGGAGCUGGUGCAAGCCCGGCUGAAGGAGGCCGAGUCUCAGUGUGCCCUCAAAGAGAUGCAGGACAAGAUCCUGGAUGUGGAGAAGAGGAACUCGUCGCUCCCAGAUGACACCAACGUAGCGCGUCUCCAGGAGGAGCUGAUCGGGGUGAAGCUGAGGGAGGCCGAGGCUCUGACCGGACUCAAACAGCUGAGGCAGCAAGUUCGAGACCUGGAGGAGCACUGGCAGCGCCACCUGGCCCGCACCACCGGCCGCUGGAAGGACACCCCGAAGAAGAACACGCUAAGCGAGCUGCAGGACGAGCUGAUGAGUGUGAGGCUGCGAGAGGCCGAGGCUCAGGCCGAGAUGAGGGAGACACGGCAGAGGAUGCUGGAGCUGGAGACACAGAAUCAGAUCCACAGUAACCAUCUGCGACGGGCGGAGCAGGAGAGCCGCUCGCUCCAGGAGUGUGUGCAAACACUGACGGGGCAAAACAAAGACCUGCAGGUGCAGCUGCAGGAGAUCAAGAGGAGACAGGCGGAGACUGAAUGCAAGAGUAAGGAAGAGGUGAUGGCAGUGAGGCUGCGGGAGGCUGACAACAUCGCUGCCAUGGCUGAGCUCCAGCAGCACAUCUCAGAGCUGGAGAUCCAGAAAGAAGAAGGAAAGGUCCAGGGCCAGCUGAACCACACGGACUCCAGCCAGUACAUCCACGACCUCAAAGACCAGAUCGCAGAGCUCAAAGACGAGAUCCGCUGCCUAAAAGGACAGAGGGGUUUGGCCAGUCAGCCAAAUUUUGACGGGAUCCACAUCGUCAAUCACUACGUGGGGGGCAACGGGUCUUACCAGUCUUCAGAUGAAGAUGCAGGCAAGGGCCCCGGCCUCCAGGGGGCCCAGCAGAGGAGCCGUAUCCGACUGCGGCCCAACAUCCCUGACACCGACAGUGAGGAUGAGGAAGACGAGGAGGACGAGGAUUCCCUGCGGCUCUCCGUACCUCAGAGCAGCAGCCACAAGUCCACCACCGUGUGACCUCCGGAGGGCGUUCCCAGCAGCCACUGCAGUCCUGCUCUGGAGAUCAGAAAGGAAAUGCAGCAUCAUUUCAUAUCUUAUGGAUUUACUAAUUUACUAUACCUUUUUGUAGUUUUGUCAGUCUGGCGGACCAUCAGAGAAUGAGUCCCUGUGGAGAUAUCAAACUACCGGGACACAGCGAAGGUACAACACAGAGAGACACUGUGCAAUAAACCCUUUUAUGCUCUAUCGUACACUUCAUCCAGUGGUUUUAUACUUUUAAAGCGUUUUAUAAUUGAACAUCAGAGAGCGUAUUGAUGCCGUUACUACUAAGUGUCCAUCAUGCAGAGGCGGAGUGUAUUCAGUGCUGUGUGUGUAUAUAUGUGGAGUCUGGACGAGCUGGCUCAGUGGCCGGUAUCAAAGCCGCUCCUGUCAGCCGGCUCUGGCUUCAGGAUACGUUGACUUUUUUUGGGCCUUAGCACAUGUCGCGUGCCUUCCACCGGGGCUGGAGUACCACAAGGUCAAUGUAACUGCAUACUUGUAAAAUAUGUAAAUGUGUAUUAUGUUUUUUUGUUUUUCAAUUCCUUUUGAACUUGAAAAAAUGUAUCUAUUGCAUAUCUGAUGUUUAGAAUAUAUUGUAAAAAAAGGGACAUGAGUUAGUUUAAUAUGGUAACACACAUCCUGUUGAGUGAGCUCCUGUGAAGAGAAAAGCUGAGGUUUCAUCAUUAGAAGAAUCAGCAGCUGUUCUCAGAGCAGAGAAGAGCACAGGUUUAGUUUUUAACUUGUACUGACUUUACCUUCUGAGUAAGUCCCGCAAUGAGUGUACUCGGCACAGAUCAAAUAUUUUCUGAUAAUGAGUCAAACAUGAGUAAUGUCCUCAAGUUUUGUGUAUCACAAAUUUUGCACGGAAAUGGAUAACGGUCUUCGGGAACUUUAUACUGGGAGAUGACACAACAUCGUACACUUUUUUUAAAAACACAAUGUGGGGAGGAAUCGGGAGUCUUCAAGUGUUACCAAAGUAAGCACUAUAUUCUGUAUGGUGCUCGUCCACGGGCCAGUUCCACUCCAUUUCAUGUGCAAGGACCUGCAGCUGUAACACUUCUCUGAAUGUCUGUAUUCAACACUAACUCUAUGAAAGACAAGGGGCAAGUGAAUGCAGGUCCUGGAAAUGCAAAAGACUCUGAUGAUGAUGUCGUCCCGAUGAUGAACAGGACCCCCGGUGUUGUUUGAUGGGAGAGGAACAUGUUUUGGCACUUUUUGAGUCUGCAGUGCAGUAAGGACACAGCAACACUAUGGAGCAGUCAGCACACUCUGGAGACUACAUGAGAUUGUUGUGUGUGUGAUGAGUUCACAAUAAAACGUUUGAUAAAC